GCAGCGGCUGCGGGCGUUGCGCGACCGAUCGUGACCCAACUGGACCUCGGACCACUAAACGCUCCAGCCAAUUCUUUUCCGCAGCCACCCGCAACGGACCCGGCCCCACGUCGAAGCAACCGGACUCGUCACUAGAACUUGGACGCGAACCCGCGCUUGCUAUUCAGUUCCAGGCGCCGCACCGGACUGGCCACGCCUGGUACGCUACGCUACAGUACCCGGGCAAUUUCAUCGCACCAAGCAAAUGGCGGUCGCUGGCGGGCUGCUGGACCUGCACCUGAGCGGACUGCUGCCGGCCGGCCUGCGGCGGCGUCUGGGCCUGUGGCGCCCCCACCACGACAUGGCCGACUGCCUGGGCAAGGUGUUCAUCGUGACGGGCGGCGCCACGGGCGUCGGCUUCCAGGUGACCAAAUGGCUGUUGUCGCACAACGCCACAGUCGUUCUGGCCACACACAACAUGCCCAGCGCGCGCAAGGCUGUGCGCGACGUGCAGCGGGAUGUGCCGCACGUGGUGGAGGGCCGCCACGUGCGCCUCAUGUUCCUGGACCUCACCUCUUUCAGGAGCAUCGACGCCUUCGUGGCCGCAUUCAUGGCCACUGGACUGCCGCUGCACGGUCUGUGCAACUGCGCGGGUGAGGCCAUGGGCCCGCCCGGCCCCGGCGCCGACGGCCGCAUGCCCAACCACACCCUCGUCACCAACUACUACGGCCCGUUCUACCUGACGCACCUGCUGCUGCAGAAGCUGACUGCCUGCGCGCCCGCCCGCGUGGUCAACGUGUGCUCCGCCCUGGGCGAGUACAUGGGCACCGUGGACUGGGCGGACCUGCGUGGUGAGCGGCUGCGCAAGUCCGACCCCCUGGCCGCCUACAACGCCUCCAAGCGCAUGAUGAGCAUGUUCACUCGCGAGCUGGCGGUGCGCAGCCGCGGCACCGGCGUGGACGUGUUCGCGGUGCACCCGGGCUUCGCUGCCACGCAGCUGUGGCACAAGUCGCAGCGCAGCUACCCCGCCACCCGCAUGUUCUGCUGGGCCGAGGAGUGGUUCGCGCAGCACCCCUACUAUGGAGCGCUGCCGGCGCUGUACGCACUCACUGAGCCGGAGCUGCAGGGCCGCACGGGUCUGUACCUGGGGCCGCCACUGAUGUGCCCGCUGGUGCUGCACACACGCGCCGGCGACUACUGGCAGGGCGACUCCCGCAAGGACGCCUCCUGCACCCAGCUGUACGACACCACCGUCAAGAUCAUCGCCGACAUCAUCUCGCCGCCCGCACCCAGCUCGCCGGGCGGCAUGGGGUUCGCGUGAGCAGUGGCUGCGGCCUGGGCCGCCGCGGCAGCGACUGCGCCAGGACUGCUAUGUUCAGGGGAGGCAGAGUGCUCGCAUGAGCGGCUGCUGUGACCCAGGACCUCCCUCCAGGCCAUGCGCGGGUCAGGCAGGGGCAACCAUUGAAUUCCUUGCACAAGCAAGAGCAGAGGGUGGUGAGAAGCAUAGUCUCGAUUGUGAUGCGCGGGUCAGCCAAGGGUCACUGUGUCAGGCAGACGUGGUCAUGUGAAUGCGCGGCCGCCGCAGUUGUGUGGGGCCUGGUGCCCUGUGUUCAGUCGUGGUGGGCAUGUGGGGGGGGGCGGGCGCAGGGGAGGGCGCCUCCCCUGGGCGGGCGGGUGUUGUUUGCUGCCGUGGGGUCGGGGCGCACCUGCAUGGCCGUGUGUGAUUACGUUUGGCUGGUGUUGCGUUGGCGAGGUUGCGUUGGUGAGGUUGGGGUUGCGUUGAUGCGGGGGCGGUGUGCAAAUGUGGAAUUGGAUG